UAGUUAAUGAAUAUUAAACGCUGCUAGUGGAUCAUGUUGCGUGGAGGGUUGUUGGUGGUCAUAGCCACUUGCGUCGCUCUGACGGCUGCGAGGAGUUCCGCAUCUUCUGAUGAUAUCCAGGAGUUGUUGAAAAACAUUGACUUACGCUACUCUACUGAUGUGUUUGAAGAUGCAAAGUUAGAUGUGCCAGAGUUGAUCACAAAAUACCGUUACCCAGUGGAGACGCACACGGUGACAACAGAAGAUGGCUACAUCUUGCGAAUGCACCGCAUACCUCACGGACGUGACGCUAACAAUGUGCCGAAUCAGAAGAAACCCGUAGUCUUCAUCAUGCACGGUCUACUUUCUUCAUCUGCUGACUUUGUCAUUAUGGGCCCCGGCUCUGGUUUGGCAUACAUCCUCGCCGAGGAAGGAUUCGACGUGUGGAUGGGUAACGCUCGCGGUAACUACUAUUCUCGUAGGCACGUCAGACUGAACCCUGACGCUUUGCUGAGCACGGCGUUCUGGCAGUUCUCCUGGGAUGAAAUAGGCAACAUUGACUUGCCCACUAUGAUCGACUAUGCCCUUGAAGUGUCGGGACAAGAGAGGCUGCACUACAUCGGUCACUCACAGGGCACUACGUCUUUCUUCGUUUUGGGUUCUAUGCGCCCGGAAUAUAAUGCUAAGGUUAUUUCCAUGCACGCCAUGGCUCCAGUAGCGUACAUGGCCAAUAACAGAAACCUUCUUUUAAGGGUUUUAGCUUCAUAUGGUAAUGACAUUGAAAGUAUUGCUCGUCUGAUUGGCAUCGGCGAGUUCAUGCCAAACAGUGUUAUCUUCACGUGGGCCGGCCAAUCUAUGUGUCGCGAUGAAGUAGUAUUCCAGCCUCUCUGCAGUAAUAUUCUGUUCCUGGUUGGUGGAUGGAAUGAGAACCAACACAAUACGACAAUGAUGCCUGCUAUCUUUGGUCACACGCCGGCUGGUGCAUCAGUUAGACAAUUCGUACACUACGGACAAGGAAUCACUGAUAGAGGUUUCCGUCGCUACGACCAUGGAUCCCGGAUUUCCAACUACCGAGCAUAUGGCUCCUUCAGGCCGCCAAACUACGAUUUAUCUAAAGUAACGACCCCUGUAUUCCUCCACUACUCCGACAGUGAUCCAUUGGCCCAUGUUAACGAUGUUGACAAACUGUUCAGAGAACUUGGAAGGCCGAUGGGAAAGUUCCGCAUUUCUCAACGCACAUUUAGUCAUAUUGAUUUUAUUUACGGUAUUAACGCGAGAGAAUUACUAUACAAUAGAAUGAUCAACCUAAUAAGAGCAAUGGACGCCAAUGCCUUUGAUGAAGAAUAUUAAAUAACCGAAUAUCAAUGAUCUUUGUAACACUAUAUAAGCUAUAUUCUGUUCCACAAAUAAAUGUUUUUUUUAAUAAAUUUACAUCCUUCCUGUUUACAAAAUCAUACAUUUUAAAAGUCCUCACUUUUGAUAUUUAUGGAUAGCUGAUGAGAUGAGACCACG